AUAUACUCUAAUUGCUCAUAUAAAAAAUAUUGGCAUGCAUUGCCUUUCAGAUUUAAGUGUGUCUCUGCUUGAUUUUCUGGGUUAAUCUUUUUCUUCCAAUUGCAAGUUGAGUCAGCAGCCAACUUCAGUAAGGAGUUUGGAAAAAUGAGUUGGGGGAUUGCGAAAGAAAUAUUUAGCUCGGACAUGGUGAAGAAAAUAUGGGAUGCAUUUGAGAUCCAAGCACUGGUUAUUACAAGCCUAGCCUUUCAAAUUGUACUCGCAAUUUAUGGCAGACGAAGGAAGUACAACCCAAGACUUUAUGUCCUCUUUGUUGUCUGGUUCUGCUAUUUAAUGGGCACUUAUGUCUCCAUAGUUGCCCUUGGAAAGCUUACUGAAACCAGUUCUAAUGACUCAAUUGCCCUUACGAACAUUACUUACGGUAGUCCUCCAAAACUAGUGCAUGUCACUAAUAACGAACUCAGAGCUCUGUGGGCACCGUUGCUUCUUGUGCACAUUGGCGGUCCUGACAGCAUUACCGCAUACGCGGUGGAAGAUAACAGGUUGGGAUGGAGACAAUUUCUUGAACUAGGAGUGCAAAUAGGAGUUGUGCUUUUAAUUUACAUCAAAUCUUGGAACAAUUCUUGGCUUUCAAUCAUAGCAUUGACAUUGUUGGUUAGUGGAGCAAUUAAAAGUCUUGAAAGGGUUUGGUCUCUGCGCUGCUCUGCUAAUACUGAAGCCAUCUUUAAUAGUUUGUCAAAUUCUAGUAUUCUUGAAGUAGAGAGGGCCUGGUAUCUGAAAUCCUCUAUUCCAGGUCUAGAAUUGCUUGUCAAGGCCUAUAGACGUUUUGAGCAUUUAAAGCCACAUCUUCAGAAUUGGAUUGGUCACCCUUUGUCUAUAAACUUUCCUUCAAUGAGCACAUAUUACUAUGAUCCUGAAGACGUUUUCAAGAUAGCGGAAUUUGAGCUCGGUUUUAUGUAUGAUGUUCUCUAUACAAGGUCUCCCAUCAAUUAUUCGUUUCCAAGCUUUCUUCGACGCUUUGUUUGUCUGCUUUGCCUUGUUUCCAGCUUGUGCGGAUUUGCAAUCUUGUUCCGGAACGCUGAUGUGCAUCUUUUGACAAUUGUUUCCACAGUAAAAUAUGAUAAAAGAGUGGACAUUGCCAUUACAUAUAUGUUGCUAGCUGGAGCUAUAGCACUCGAGCUCUAUGCGCUCGCAACAAUCCUUUACUCAGACUGGUCACUGCUUUAUAUGAUUAAAGAUCAGAAGAGCCCUUUUGUGGAAAAUCUUCUUCAAGUUUUUGCUCGUCAGGUUCCAAUGCGGUGGCCUAGAUGGUCCAAUUCUAUACAACAAUUAAAUUUGCUAAGCUAUUGUCUUUACAAGGAUCAUACCUUGUCUGGCAGAAUAAUCAGUAGAACCCUCAUGAUUAGGCCAGGCUGGGACGAAGCUUAUAAGAGGUAUUGCUUAACAAAUUAUGUUCCAGUUCUUGGAGACUUGAAAAGAUUGCUGAUCGAACAAAUAGAGGAAGUUUGCGGACAGAGAGUUUGGCAACCGUUCAGCAAACGAGGAGAAUGGGCAUUAGAGAGGUUCAAAUGUGUAGACCAAUUCAAGUGGAGCAUACAAACAGAUUACACCACAGAAGCAAACCAGCAAACCAGUUUCGGAAGGGCUAUAAUCAUAUGGCAUAUUGCAACCGACGUUUGGUUCUACGCACCGGACAAGUACAAAACUCAUUAUCAACAAUCUUACUCUCAAAUGACGAAAUACCUGUCAGAUUACAUGGUGCAUCUUCUAGCUGAUCGUCCUUACAUGCUAAAUAUCGUCACAAAGAACAUUCUUUUCGAAGGCGCUUGUGCUAAACUAGCGAUAUUUUUGAACACUAUAGAAACGACAAGAAGUGAGUCUGUGAUGGAAUGUUUUUCCAGGAACUUACUUGAAAGUCGGCUGGAAGAAACGUCGUUGGAAAUAGGCUGCGAGAAUAAUGUAGCAGACAAUUUUCACUCGAGUGAAGCGAUAGUAUCAGACUGGGAUAUAGUAAUGGAAGCAAAACUACUUGCAGAACUUCUGAUCGAUAGGGCAGACAGAUGGAAUCUAUUAGCAAGUGUGUGGAUUGAGAUGCUUUGCUACGCUGCAAGUAACUGUCCAUGGGUUCGUCACACGGAGCAGCUCCGGCGCGGUGGAGGACUUAUCACCCAUGUCUGGCUUCUUCUCUAUCAUGAAACUAAUAAGUUCAAUAUCAGUAUAUAUUGAACUUUUGUAAUCAAUCUAAUUUUCCUUCAACCAAUUCACAAUUGUUGGCGGCUUAUUUUGUAUUGCUACAUAUACUAUGAGCAUUUAAAUUAAUUAUGCAUAUUUUGCAUCAA